CACUUUCUCCCUUUCACAGCGACUUGCGCCCCUGUGGACUGAAAUUUUUCUACCUGUCUGCAUUUUUUUAACGCAAGCUGUGCCAGUGUGCUGUGUGUUCAAGACUGCUUCUUGACUCUGUUGUCUGCCAUUCUCCCCGCGUAACUUUAGGUCAAUCAAUUGACGCUUCAUUAUGUCGAGACCGGCCGUGUCACGAGCUUUCGCUCGAUGCAUAAGGCAGUCCAAACGACCAAGAAUUUCUCAUGGUAUCCCAUUCAUGGCUGUUCAUAGCCAUGGGCGGAGAAACGCAUCUUCAAAACAUCCGAAAGGUUUCGUCCCUCCGACGCAAGAAGAUCUAUUAGAGCUUCGAGAGCGUGUCAGACUAUUCACAAAGCGCGAAAUCCCGGAGGAGUUUGCGCAAAAGGUCGAUCAUACAAAUGAGUUUCCUCCAGAAAUGUGGCAGAAACUCGGGGAAGCAGGCUUCUUGGGUCCGACUGCCGAUGAGGAGUAUGGAGGACUUGGCAUGGGAUACCAAGCCCACUGCGUGAUCAUGGAGGAAAUGUCACGGGCGUCUGGAUCCAUUGCACUCUCGUAUGCAGCCCACUCUCAACUUUGCGUCAACCAACUGCAGCUCAACGCCACGCCUGAGCAGAAAGAUAAAUAUCUGAGAAAGUUGACUACAGGUGAACACGUAGGCGCGCUGGCUAUGAGCGAGCACUCUGCCGGGAGCGACGUUGUGAGCAUGAAAAUGACCGCGAAGGAAGUGGACGGUGGUUAUCUCCUCAAUGGAACCAAAAUGUGGAUUACGAACGGGCCAGACGCGCACACCAUCGUUGUCUACGCAAAGACAGACGUGAAUGCUGGCUCAAAGGGAAUCACGGCAUUCAUUGUUGACACAACCGAGGCAAAAGGCUUCAGCGUGGCGCGAAAGCUCGACAAGCUCGGUAUGCGAGGCAGCAAUACCGGUGAACUCAUUUUUGAGGAUGUAUUCGUGCCGAAGGAGAACGUUCUUGGAAAGGUAGGCAAGGGCGUCAAGGUGCUAAUGGAAGGACUCGAUCUCGAGAGACUGGUGUUGAGUGCGGGGCCAUUGGGAUUAAUGAGGGCAGCCUUGGAUCUGGCGCUACCAUACACACAUACGAGGAAGCAGUUCGGAGAGCCAAUUGCACAUAAUCAGCUGCUGCAAGGGAAACUGGCAGACAUGUACACAAAAUAUCUCUCGAGCGCUGCCAUGACGUAUUCAAUUGCAGCCGCGGUCGAUAAUGGCGUGCCCUCGCACUUCGCAUCAGCCCCAAGCUUGUUUGAAGAUGCGGAUCUCGGGACUGAUUCGCUUGAUAGAGAUCCAAUUGUAAAAACUCAGGACUGCGCUGGGGCGAUCCUGUAUGCGGCAGAACGCGCGACAGAAUGCGCGCUUGAUGCGAUUCAGUGCUUGGGCGGCACCGGCUAUGUCAACGAGGUUUCCGCGGGACGACUGCUACGGGAUGCCAAGUUGUACGAGAUCGGCGCGGGCACGAGCGAGAUCAGGAGGAUGGUCAUUGGAAGAGCGUUCAAUCGAAUGUAUAAGCAAAAGAUCUAAUGACCUGGGGAUUUGAGAGCCGCAGUAUCUCUAAUGUACCUUCUGUCGAUGCAGUGCAUCUUAGAGGACAUGGAAAAGUCCGCGUCGAUGUCAAAGCGUGCGGGAAUAUAGAAGCACGCAUGGUGGCUGGGAAAGUGAUGUGCAAGAUAAUGAAAGAGUGAAAAGUCUUGCGAAAUGCAUUUUCCAAAUCGGAACCUGGACCUAGUACACAGAGGCGCAACAUAACGUGCAAGCCUGUAGCUUCAAUUAAGUCCAGGCGUUGGUAGAGUCGAUAUCAAUCCACGUAGGGCCGUUUAAAUGUGCCAAGUCAAGAGUGAGCUUUUGCUGACCAUGCAUGAUUCCACAUUUU